AUGAAACGUAGCUACCGACACUUCAAUGGUUGGAUUUUAAUAGAAACUGUGUCACUGUACAUGCAUUAAUUAUCAUUUGUUUACUAUAAUUAUUCUUUCAUAGAUGCAUGGCGGAGUGUGUUAAGGUGCAUUGCAGCUUGAACUAUACAGCAUUUUGUCUACCACAUGUACAUGGUGAAGGCAAUCUGUGAUGACUGCCAGUGAGGUAACCUACUACCAUUAGUUAAAGGAAUGUUGAUGAGUCCAACGAGACAUGAAUGAUGAAGAACGGCCAAACAAGCAUGACAAGUCUAGACGGAGAAGAAAUGUCACAGUCCAGUGCGGACAGCUCAAGUCUAUACAACUUCAACUCACAGACUGCGAGCUCAAAAGGUAUGCUGGAGUCAGAUACCAGUCUGGAUGAGGAGAAUAACAUCAAAAAGUUGAGUGACAAUAACAAAGACAGACGGUCGCCAAUAAAAAAGAGGCGCUCCAAAGACUCUCGUUUCUGCAAAGUGUGCGGUGAUAAGGCACUGGGCUAUAACUUCAAUGCGAUGACAUGCGAGUCAUGUAAAGCGUUUUUUCGCAGGAACGCGCUUAAAGAGUCUACGCUGGCGUGUUUAUUUGAAAGCAACUGUUCGAUUGACAUUAGAACGCGGAGAUUCUGCCCCCACUGCAGGCUUGCGAAGUGUUACGAUGUUGGAAUGAAGAAAGAGAUGAUCCUGGAUGAUGAUUCUCGGAAGGCCAGGAUGCAGAAGGUGAUGCAGAAUCGUACGCGUAAGGGCAGCAAGCAGCCGGACCCGAUGCUUCACCUUGUCAAGGAGGAGCCAAUCGACGCAGACAUGCUGCCAGACCAAUCAGAUUCCAGCAGGGCAGACCAUACCGAGGACUCGAUACUUGACGUUGAGCAGUCGAUGCUCACUGUUGAAAGGGGAGCAAUAUUACAGGAGAUAGAUAGGAGUCUGAGCGCAAAUGGUUUCGAUGACAUUCUUGACCCGGAGUUCACAGAUAAGGAUCCCGCUCUGUUCCGCCAGGUGACGGCUGCAGAGCAUGGAUUGUUUAAGAAUCUGGGGGCCGUGUACACGGCAACACUCGGGGAUAUGCUCAGUGACGUUAAUCCAAUGGAGCAGAGGUACAACAGCUGCAGUGAUCUGAUAAAUAAUUCCACGAUUGCUGUGCGCAAACUGAUCAAGUACAUUAAGAAGUUGGAGGAUUUCCAGCAGCUACCCACGGACGAUCAGUUGACCAUGUUGAAGUCAUGUAUCUUGUCAGCGAUUCUGCUGCGCUCGGCGUGGUUCUACGAUAUCGAAAACGAGGGCUGGAUGACGCCUACUGGUUGCAUUUCAGCGAAAAUUCUAAAGAAUGCCGUUGGUUAUAGUGAAGUUUAUGAAGCUCACAUAGGGUUCUGUAAACGGGUGAAAACCCUGUUUGAGGAUGACAGUCGAUUGUUCUCCUUGGUUCAGAUGCUGUGUAUCUUCAGUCCCAUCAACACAGAGUUGAAGGUGAAACCAGAAGUGGCCAAUCUGCAGGACAAAUACCUCAUACUUUUGAAACAUUACCUUGAAUGGAAGUUCUCAUACAUCCAAUGUGCUGCGGUUUUCACACAGAUUAUCAACUUAAUCAGUGAGAUGAAAAACUUAUCAGAUGUUCAUUACGCCAUAAUCUUGCGAGCGAACCCUUCAGAGAUAGAACCUCUCAUGUUAGAGGUGUUUAACUUAAAGAAGCCUCUUACUGCUUGAGCUUAGGGCUCAAAAAUCAUGUAGUGGUUACCAAGGUGCCUGUACCACAUGACUUUUUUGGCAAUGUGUGUGACAAUCGGUAGUCAACAAAACAUCGCUUCAGGUAAUAUUUUUGAUAAUUUCUUCAUUAAUUCAAAACCAUUUACAAAAAAAACAAAGACGAGUGCCCGGUCAUUGUCAAAAUACACAACUUUGUUAAGUUUGCGCAAAGUUAAUUAAGUAUUUUUUCCAAAAUGUGCAACCGCGUGUUUGAAAACACACGAAGUGAAAUGCUAUGUGUGGUAUAUUUUUUAUUCAAUCAACAAAAACGUUCAUUAUUAUAUUGUCGAAGGUUUAAAAAAAUAGGGCGGACAUUGUAAUUCUUUAUAGAGAAGCUACAUACAUUGUAUGUUUGCGCAAAUACAUCUGAUUCAGAGUAAAUGGUUUUGAAUUAAUGAAGAAAUUAUCAAAAACGUUAUCUGAAGCGAUGUUUUGUUGACUACCGAUUGUCCCACACAUAGCCGAAAAAGUCACGUGGUACAGGCACCUUGGUUACUCUACUCAUCCAAUACGUACCAGUGAUUUGUUAAUAUUGUUAGACAUUGAUUUUAAACAAGCCUUAAUAUGGUUUGUAAGAUAUUCAUUGUGUAUGAAGGUGAUAAUGGGAUGUGCUCAAUGUGAAGGUUGUGUUGUAGUUUUGUGUGAUACUUGUUAUAAUAUAUAGAAGUAAACAUGA